UGUGUGUGAGUGAGAGAGCGAGAGAGGGCGAGAGAGGAAGAGUGCAGGCAGAGCUCCAUCCACAGCCUCAGUACACCGGACUGUCAUCCUCCACUAGACCUCCGCCGUGGUCCCCUUCUGUUUUCAUCGGGUUUUACAGUUGGCGGAUGUAGCAUGGAGACGAUUUAAGACGCACUACCGAGCCGUCAGCAGUUUCACUUGCUUAAAAGAACAGAUUCGCUUGACGCUCGUCCGGCUGAAGUCAGAAUAAUGAUGGAGUAUUGGAGGCAAUGCGCGCUGUGGUUAAUAAACUGCAAGGUGCUUCCAGCUAACCACCGGGUUACAUGGGAGUCUGCACAGGUAUUUGACUUGGCCCAAACCCUCCGGGAUGGAGUCCUCCUCUGCCAUCUGCUCAACAACCUGAGGCCCCAGUCCAUCAACCUAAAGGAAAUCAACCUCCGACCGCAAAUGUCACAGUUCCUGUGCCUGAAGAACAUCAGGACGUUCCUGGCGGUGUGCAGCGACGUAUUUGGCAUGAAGAAAAGCGAGCUGUUCGAGGCCUUUGACCUUUUCGACGUCAGGGACUUUGGAAAGGUUAUGGACACACUCUCUAAACUUUCCCACACAGCGAUUGCACAACAAAUUGGAAUCAGGCCCUAUCCAUCUGAAGAGAGUGUUGAAGAUGAGGAUAUCUACAACCACCUUGAGGACCUUAUAGACGAGAACGGGGUGGAGGAUGAGGAGGAUCUGUAUGACUGCGUGUAUGACGAUGAAGAUGGAGGGGAGAUCUAUGAGGACCUGAUGAAGACAGAAGCCAUCCCUCCUCCGGCGUUCCAGAAGCAAGCAGAGACUGACAUCAGGAGUUGCUGUUUAACAGAAAUCAAGCAGACAGAGGAGAAAUACACUGAGACCCUGGAGUCUAUAGAGAAGCACUUUAUGACGCCCCUCACCAUGUUUCUAUCCAUGCCCGAGAUGGAAAAGGUGUUUGUGAAUAUCCCGGACCUGGUUAAAGUUCACAAAUGUUUAUUGCUGGAAAUCCAAGAGUCAGUCCACCACAGAAGUGCCCAAAACCUUUACCAGAUCUUCAUCACUUUCAAAGAGAGGUUGCUGAUCUAUGGGAAGUACUGCAGCCAUGUGGAAACAGCCAUCGCCAGUCUGGAUGAGAUCUGCAAAGACAGAGAGGAUGUACGCAUGAAGUUAGAGGAAUGUUCAAAAAGAGCUAACUACGGCAAGUUCACACUGAGGGAUCUGCUAGUGGUUCCUAUGCAGCGAGUCUUGAAGUAUCACCUCCUACUGCAGGAGCUGGUGAAACACACUCAUGAUGCCACAGACAAGAGCAAUCUGCGAACGGCACUGGAUGCCAUGAAGGACUUGGCUCAGUACGUCAAUGAAGUCAAGCGAGACAAUGAGACAAUGCGCGAAAUAGAUCAGUAUCAGAAAUCCAUUGAAAACCUGAAUCAGCCUCUGAGUAACUACGGGAGACCCAAAGGUGAUGGCGAGGUACGGGUGGCCUCGGUGGACAAACGAGCUAAACAGGACAGGCACAUCUUCCUGUUCGAUGCCGCGGUGAUCGUUUGUAAGCGGCGAGGGGACAACUAUGAGAUGAAAGAAGUGAUCGACCUGCACCUCUUCAAAAUCACCAACAACCCCACAUCAGACAAGGAGAAUCGAAAGUGGUCCUACGGAUUCUACCUCACCCAUAACCAGGGCCAGAGCGGCUUUGAAUUCUUCUUCAAGACCAAAGAGCUGAAAAAGAAGUGGCUGGAGCAGUUUGGCAUGGCCAUAUCCAACAUUCAUCCUGAGAACGCCACCAACAACUUCCACGAGUUUAAAAUGCACACCUUUGAAAGGAUCACCUCCUGCAACUCUUGCCACAUGCUGCUGAGGGGCAUCUUUAACCAGGGCUACCUGUGCUCCAAGUGUGGUUUAGGUGCCCAUAAAGAAUGCCUGGGCCGCUUUGGCAGCUGUGGAAAAACAGAUCCUGGCUCCGUCAGAACUCAGUGCAAAGAUCGAGAUGCAGGUCGGCCCAAGAUGCUGGUAAUCAGGAACUACUUUGGUGUGCCGAGCCCUACAUCUGGUCCAGCGCUCAGCAUCCAGACGGGUGACAUCAUCGAAUUAAUCUGCGCCGACCUUCACAGCCCCUGGUGGCAGGGCAAAAUCCUGACGUCGAAAGAGGUUGGCUUCUUUCCAAGCGACGCCGUGAAGCCUUGCCCAUGUGUCCCAAAGCCCGUCGAUUACACCUCUCAAGCUUGGUUUGCGGGGCCCAUGGAGAGGCUCCAGGCAGAGGCAGAGCUCAUCAACAGGGUCAACAGCACCUACCUAGUCCGCCAUCGCAGCCGAGAGUACACGGAGUACGCCGUCAGUAUAAAGUACAACAACGACGUGAAGCACAUAAAGAUCCUGACCAAGGACGGCUGCUUCCACAUCGCAGAGAACAAGAAGUUCAGGAGCCUAUUAGAGCUGAUUGAGUACUACAAACACCACUCCUUGAGAGAAGGUUUUCGGAGUCUGGACACCACACUGAAGUUUCCUUACCAGGAACCGGAGAACGCUGCUAUGCACCGCCUCAACCGGUCUGGUAGCAACACCCCAUUGCUCUGCGGCCUCUCUUUUGUAACUCCUGCCGGCUACAGCUUUGUACCUCCUUCCUCUGCACCCUUCUGGUCAGUGUUUACUCCAAAAGUGAUCGGUGUGGCGAUCGCGCGGUACGACUUCAGCUCACGAGACACUCGGGAGCUCUCGCUGCAGGAGGGUGACGUGGUGAAGAUCUACACAAAGUCGGGAGCCAACGGCUGGUGGAGGGGCGAGGUCAAUAGCAGGGUCGGCUGGUUCCCAUCCACAUACGUAGAGGAGGGCGAGGAGUGAAAGGUCCAACAUGGGGACAAGAUAAAAAUAAAGGAAGAGCGGCAGCAGUGGAGUAAGAAAACUGUGAACGUAACAGUAACAAACAAGAGUGAGCUUCUGCACCGCUGCUUGCCCAAGUGUUACUUUUCAGAGCAAAGCAGGCCGCUUCACUCUCCUCCGUGGAGUCCUGUUGCCGACAACCAUCCCAGAGGCCUUUGGGAGAGAAAAGGGAGCUGCAGUACGUUGCCGGUGCAAAGAUGCCCCAUCAUUUCUGGUUGACUCUGUGUGGCUAAGUGACUUUACCAAGUAGCAGCUUGCCUGUCAGCGGGGCACAAGCCCUCGCCAGACAUCCCCCCCCCGUCCUCCCUCCCCAACUUCAUCCCUCCAUCCAUAAUUCACUCCCUUCCUCUCUCUGCACCAGCCAGCCCCCAACUCCCACCUGUUUCUGCUUGCCAAGUCUGCCGUCGCCAGUCUGUCAAAAGUAGAUUCUCAAAUGCCACUCCUCCAUUCAUGCACUCACCUGUCCAUCCAUCCCCCCCCGUGAGAAUAGAGUCAUCUGAGCCGGAAAAGACCCACACUGUACUAUUUUUUUUUUUCUUCUUCCUGUCAUCCCCUUCUCUCUAUGAAGGGAUUUCAGUUAGUUUUGACCUUGCCUGUGUGUUGCUUCCACUAAUGCAGGUGGUUAUUGAUGACUUGAUGAGCCAGAUUCACACACACACAUACACACCACCCACCUCUCCUCCCCUUCAGAUUAUGAUCGCCUCACACGCGCUCUUACAGGAGAUGGAGGAGAGGCAUGGCGUCGGAUAGCAUCGCUGCACAGUGCCAGCAAUUGAUCGCUGUUGUUCCUGUUUUCCUCCCACCUCCUACAUUCUUUAUCUCCAGCCCAGCCUCUCAUGUUUUUAGUUGUCUUGGCCGUUAGCGAUCCUCUGCUCUUAUCGGUGGCAGCUCUGUCGACAGGAGCCCAUUCGCCGAGGGUUUAUCUCAUCGGAGGCAUUAGCGGCUUGUCGGGGAACAAGCCACACUACCUAGAAGCCACCUGUCCCCUUAACACAAAAAGAAAAGAAAAGAAAGAAAAGUUCUGCUAUGGGUCUUUUACUAUAACUGAUAUUUUAGCUGUUUUUUCACACGCGACAGUACAAUUUGUGCAGUAGAACUUGCAAUUUUGGGGAUUUAUUUUGGCAAGAAAACAUUUAAUUAAAAAAAUGUAUUUAUGCAUUAACACACUUUUUCCACUGCUUAUAUCUUCCUGCUAACUGUCCUCCCUCUCACCCCCUCUCCUUUCCUGUGUGUCUCCCCCCCAUAUACAUUAUGCACACUGUCUGCUUAAUCCACAGUGAAAGAGGAUUUUCCCACAUUUGACACACGCCAUAGUCACAGACAGAGUAAGGAGGUGGUGUGUGCAGAAUCAAAUAGUGUCUGGAGGUGAGACCAGAAAAUCCCCAGGAUUUGGCUUUGUGCAGCGAUGUUUUAAUCUCAGCCAGGACGUAGAUUAUGUCUUUCAUAAAGAGAGACAGAAACAAAUUACAAACUACUUACAUGUUUGAAAUAUGUACAUAUUCAUUUUUUUUUAUUUAACUCGUGUUUUGUGAUUUCUGCUCACACGAGCAGAAGGCAGGCAAACUCUUCAACCUAGUCUUUAAUGUCUCCCUUUGGUCAAAGCUGUUCUUUGGCUGUGUUUCUCAUGUUCCCCCUCACUCCUCAGAUACUUUCACAUACGCCUAAGCACGGCAUUUUAAAAAGCAUCCGUCUCUUUUUCUGCGCAGGGAAACUAAUAAUGCAGUGUACAUAAAAUGCAAUAUCUAUCACUAAAACACACAUUGGGCUCGUUUUCUAAGGGGCAGCAUUCUCUCGUUGACAACUUAAGUGAAAAGAUGUAUCAGACGUUGAAUGAAGCCAGAACUUUCAGAGCUAACAGAGAAGUAUAACUAUGUGGCUAAAUUGUGGAUCCUGCCUCUGGUAACAGCCCUCGGGCCGUCCCUUCCAUUCAAAGCUUUCAUCCCCCCCUGUCAUGUCUUCAUUGUGUCCAUGCCAUUGGGAAUCUGAGUAUGAAUUUAGUGUAAAGAUAUGCUUUGGUAUGCACUUAAUGGAGCCAUUACGUUUGCACAUCCUUAAUAACACCCCUGACAGACCUGCCACUCCAAGCCAUUAUGAUAUGUAUGACAAUAGAUGUUUUUGUUCUCAGUCAUAUUCUUUAAUAAUACUGGACGGAAGAAAUAUGUCAAAAAGAGUCAUAUUAAUGUAUUUCUGCAUUGUGACGUCCCCGUUUCCAAAUGAUCAACAGUGUCAUUAAGUGACCACUAGAUGGAAGCAUCCUAAACACAUCUCUUCCUCUCCAAGCCAGUCACCUUCAACUUACUUAAGUUUGGAGAUGACAUCAUCUGAUUAGGAGGGGUACAAUAUUCAAAGAAGCAUUUAGCAUCAGCCUCAGACUUGUAGCUCUGAGCGAGAGGAGACACCUUAUAGACAAAACCAAACCAUAAAUAGAUCACAAGUUUUCUAAAGAGGUGAACAGUCAUGAAAAAAGGUUUGUUUUGUAAAUGAUCUUUCUACCAGAUGUUAACAUAUUCCCUGACUUUCUUUCAAAAUGUGACGAUGUUCCAGGAACUUCUUGUCUAGUAUUAACCCUAAGGAUGAUAGUUAUCCUCUUCUCCUGCUUCCUAAAGUGUCUGCAGUCUCCGAGCAGUCAAACAUUACAUUCAUAACAUCUUUAGGAAAUCUGCAGUGAGGCAGCAGCACGAAUGCGAUCUAGUCUCUCCCGUCUUGGGAGAGACUGGAGAGGCAGAGUAGGCUCUCUCUGUCUCUAAUCGCAGACUCCGGUAAUCCACUCCCACACUCCUCCUCCGCCCAGAUGAACUCUGACAGCGGGGCCAUUUACAACUGCAGGCCUUCCUCCACUCCGAGCACGCUCCCAGAUUUUUUUGUUGUUGUUGUUGCGCGCAGGAGGGACGUGAGGAAGGCUCAAGGGUAUCUGUGAUCUAAUCAUUACACCAUCUCCUCACCCCAACGACCCCGCUGCAUCCAUCUCUUCUGUCGGCUACUCUCUCUCUCACCUUGUCACUUCUCUCUAUCUCUCUCUCUCCAUCUCUCAUCCAAUAUCUGUCUUCUCUGUUUCUCUUUGUAUUCUAUCCCUCACCCCGAUGCUCUGUAAGCUGUUACUGCUGUACGUUGGCGGGAGGAGAAUAGAAGAUUCCGUAUCAUCAGGAGAGAGAGGUGGUCUGAUGCUCUAUGAACAAAAACCACAGCAAAUCGAGGACCGGUUUUUAUUUUACUGCACAUUCACGGAGAGAAAUGAUGCCAAUUAGAGAAUGAAUAAGACACUCACUCUCACCGCUGUUAUCUCUUCAUAUAAUGUGCACUGUGUGCACAGAUUAUGUCCAUAUGCAGAGGCACACGGCGUGUACGUGUGGAGAAACAUUUUGACAGGAUUUAGGGCUGGGUGAGUCUUAACCCAGCAGGGGGUUUUAGGAUCCAAUCUUCUUAACCAACAUCAGAGGACAAAUGUGAAGUAACCUGAACAGAAACAUAAUACCACCCAUACAUGAAGAAAAUAUGUCAUAUGAUACUGGGCUGAAAAUCCAUCCUUAAUCCAUUGACAGAUCAUCCACACCUCUCUGCGUUAUGUUGCCGUCAGCGCUCACUGUGUUCUUGGUCCAUGUCCAUGCUCUGUUGUCCCUCUGAAGCCAAAGAUGUAUGCCGUACUUACUGUACACUCAGUGUUGUGUCUCAUAACCACGGUACCCGACCGCUGUGGCCUAACUCUAAAACUGUGCAAUCUCGACUGUGUAGCGUUACCAUGUAUUGUUGCUGUACCAUACUGUAAAAUAUGUACAUAGCACAUAAUAAAGAUAUACAUUGCUUCUUCUAA